CAAGAAACAACAGGUCUUCGGAUUGCAACAGCGGGGGCCGAAGCCAUGGGACAAUUCGGCGAAGUACUAGGUUGACAACAAGGUCGUUAUGGAACGUAAUGUUCCAGGCUUCGUGCGGUCAAGCAGCUUCGACAUACUUGCGCUUGUGCUUGCGAUCCCAGCUGGCAUUUUAUGUUUCGUUAUCCAGAUUAUGGCGGCGUGCGGUACACACACAUAAGGCACAACGGGCCUCCUCUGUCGAUUUCUGGAGCGAAGUCUGCAUCAAUUUGUCGUGGCUCUUUGCGGUCGUUCUGAUUCUUCGAUUCGUGCUUGCACUCAGGGGCCUUUGCUUGAAAUCCGAGGAAGCCCAGCCUCCACGCGCUGGCAUAGCUGUGAGAUGUUUUUUUGGUGCGGACCUUGUGUCUACGGUCCCUGUUUGGUUACAUGUACUUAGUUGGUCGAGCGUCACUUCGCUGGUACCUCGUCGGACGGGGGGGAGCGGGGGAGGCAAGCGGGCGGCGGGCGCGCGAGACAGGCUGCACAGCGUGAUUUUACGAAACAGGAAGAUUCAGGCGAUGAGCUGGUGUCGAUGAACGUUCCCCUGCAGGUACGCGGAGGAGGAGGCCGCAGACGCGAUGGAGGAGAGCUGCGUGGACGACCCGAGCUGGAUGGACAUGGACGGCGAUACCUGCGAGGUGUACUCGGAGUACAUCAAGUCUGGCAAGAUGUCACUCGAGACCGCCUGCGGCUACAACGACGGGGAGGCCCGGCGCAGCUGCCGCCGCAGCUGCGGUGGGUGCGACGGGGCUCCGCCGCGCGGGCAGUGCCGUGACGCGGCCUGCGUCGUCAAGUGGAGGCUGGAGUACGGCAGGUGCUUCGCCUGCGACCAGUGGCCGUCCCGCUGCGGCGAUCCCGACUUCGCCGCCGACUGCCCGAAGACCUGUGGCACCUGUGCGCCCUCUUCGGAGGAGACGGAGGACGAGUCCGAGGGUCUGGUGGUCGUGCCGCAGACGAGCCGGGCGCCCGAGACAACCACCACGCGGCCGCCCGCCGCCGCGCCCGCCCCCUGCAAAGACCACGACUGCGUGGACCACUGGCUGAAGAAGACCGGGGAGUGCUACCACUGCGAGGAGUUCGCGGAGGCCUUCUGCGGCCGCGACGAGGAGUUCAUGGAGGCCUGCCCCAGGAGCUGCAAGAUGUGCACGCCGAACGGGGAGCCCGGCUGCGAGGACAACUUCAGCCCGCACACGUGCAGGCGCCUUGCGGCCUGGCAGUGGUGCGGCAACGGCCACGUCGCGGAGCACUGCCGGGCAUCGUGCGGCCUCUGCCCCGCCCUGCCCGAGGGGUCGGAAGGCCCCGCGCCGUGGAGCGGGCCAGGGUCGCGGUGCUCCCGGCCAGGCGCCUCUGUGGCUUCGCUGCUGGCUCUGUUCGGAGCUGUGACGUGCCUCGUCCAUCACAGCCCCUGAGGCCCUCGGGGCGGCCUCGUCGGCGGUACUCGUUGGCACUCUGCCCCGGAGGCCCUCGGGGCUGCCCUGUCGGCGGUGCGCGUCGCGUCGGCACCCCCGUCGCCGCUGGAGGACUGCCUGGAAAAGGCAGUCUCCAUGGCCGCGGUUCACAGGGAGGAG